GAAUUAACAGUUUAACACAUCUAGAAAGCACAAGACUGAAAAAAAGCAGCAAUAAAGAAAAUAGACAGAGUCUGCAUUCAUUCAUUCAUUCAUUUAUUUAAAGCCUCGUACAACACUAAAGUCUGUACAGCAAAUCACUCCCAGAGGAAGAAAUGGCAAAAUGAAGAUAGCUAUGCAAAAACAGAGAGGGCCAUAGUGAAGAAUGAAGAGUCAUUGAGUAAAUUGGCUCUUCCAAUCUCUCUAAAUAAAGAGAGAGACAGAAGAUUGUCCACAAAUGCUCUAAGCAGUUGCUUUUCUUGAGGAGACCAAACAACUGUGGUCUCCAGAAGGUUUUGCAUACUGGGAGAUGAAGGAAUAGCCAUCUUGCUCACACUUUAGUUGGUGCCUUUAAAAUGACAGUAAGUUUGUAUAUUUGCUUUUCUAAUUACUUUCUGAAAUUGCUUGUUAACUGCUUUUUGGCUAUUAGAAAUCCAUGGAAUGACAGGUCUGAAAACAUUAAGUGAAUCUACCUUCAAUGCUUAAUGAAGGAAAAUGAAAUAUACAGCAAAAGCUAAUUGAAACUUUGAGUUUAUAAAGUUAUCAGCCAAUUAAGGCCCAGAUAAAUUUGAAAUAAGAUUUUGAAAUUAAUUAUAAGUAAUCCUUCCUGUGAGAAAGUCAUUUAUUUUUUUUCUAAGAUAUAAAAGAAAUAAACAAUUUUAAAAACUGGACACUAGAAAAAACUAAUGAUUUUAACCAAAGAAGAAUUAUCCCAAUUAACCAAAUGUAACAAAGAAUUACAAUAUUGGAAAUAUGGAUACUUUUGAAAAAUGAAAUCUGAACUUAAUAUCAGCAGUGUUUGCUUCUAUGGACAGACUGUAUCCAAAAGAUGUUUUAGAAGAAAGGGCAGAAGAGGAACAAGCUUUAUCUGACAGAGUUGACAUUGAAAGUGGACCUAAAAAUAACAGACUAUAAGAAUGACAUGGAAAAAGACAUUUCAUUGGACAUACAAAAGAAAUUGGUUGAUGUUUUAAAAAUCAAAGGGAAUUAUAAAUAAUAAGAGAGCAACCUGAAUAAUUCUUUUGUAUUGGACUUUUACAAAAGAGUUAAAGCUUGGAUGAAUCUUGUGAGAAGGGGUAAAAAUUAAAUAAAAAGAAACCAAGUUCUACAACACUGCAUGAAUGGACGAGUCCCUUCCCAAAACAAAGAGGACUGAAUGCCAUGAGGGAACUCAAAGGCUUCUGGAUAAUCAAUAAUUCAGUUUGUGUGUUCAGGUGCAACCAUUUCAUCUCAUCCAGAAUUUUGAUAGCCUUUACUCAUCUGUACAAAACAAUCACUGUAUUUCCUUCCCAAUCUGAAUGGCAAUGAACAACUGGGUGUCACCAGUAUUGAUGACACCUCACCCCAAGUCAAUGAUUUCCCCCUAUAAUACCACACAUAUUUUGAAUAACAUGGAAGGGGAAGAUGCAGCAGUACUUUGUCCACAAAAGAGCAGGGAGUUGAGCAUACAGCCCCUCUAAUAUCAGCUAUAACUGCCCAUUCAGAACAAAGUAGAAUCAUUGUUAUAUAGCUCAAGGCUGAUAGAUGCUAUGGCUCAGGAGAGCCAUAGUUCUUCAUCCAAGUCCCAUUGGAGGUUAUCCACAAAAGUGAACUCUAAAAUCUCCUAAAACAUUUCCUAUAGGAGCCAUUUUGUGAAGACUAUUUGAACUAUGUGAUUUAAUCAUUCUGACCGACCAUUUUAACAAGACACUUACCAAGGGCCCUUAAGACAACAGAUCUAGCUUUCAAAUAUAUCUGCCCAGUCUAGUAUAAAUUAGUACAUGCUGGGAUAAUAGAUGGUACUCUGAAUGAUGCUCGAAUUGUUACUGGAUGCCUUAACCUACCUCUCGAAAUAAGAUCCAGUGGAGGAGCUGGCACCUGAUGAAAGCUGGGAAAUAUGGAAAUCGGUGAAUAGACUCUACAUGGGUAUAGCAAGAUCCAGAGAUAUUCUUAACAAAUGGGGCUAUCUAGUGACUUCUGUUCUUUGAGAUUGUGGUGACAUGCAGACAACAACACAUACGUAUACCUGCCCUUUGUGUUCUGAUCAGUAUACACUUGAGGACUUCAUGGCAGUGCAACAUUCAAUGUUGCUAGUUUCUGGGCAAGAUCUGUUUAUUUUGUACAUAUUUCAAUCUUGUAUUUUAUAUUUUAUGUCAUAUAGUAUGCCUUAUUUUAAUUGUGAUGCUUCUGACACAAAUAAAUAACAUUAGUAUCUGUUCAGAUGUUAUCAACCUGAGCUGUGCAGCACUUUAGAUUUGAUUCCAAAGAAGAACUUUUGACUAUGUAGUAGCACAUGUAGCAUAGUUCUUCAACUUCUUAAAGUAGCUACAUUCUUUUCCUGAGAUUACAUGGCAUCUGCUGAGGGUCAAGAAGCCUAAAUAAUAACAUGAAAUGAUUGCAUGCAUCUUAUUUAUAUGGAACUUCAUUCUUUAUUAUCUCUGACAACCUGUAAUACUACAGAUAAGACAAAUGUAUUAUGAAGUGAAAUGCCUUCAGUUAUAUUUCUUUGGAGUAUUAACAUAGACUGAACAACUAGAAGAAAAAUAAAAUAAGAUUGUAUAGCAGAUACAACAGCUAAAAGAAUAUGCCAAAUAAAUGUACAUUCCUUGCAAAGGAUAGUUUUUCUCCUUGAAAAAGCUUUCAUCAAUCUCUGAAAGACUAUUAAUGUAGCUUCAGAUGUAGCCACUGCCUGCAUCAAAUGGACGUCCACCAUUGAUGAGCCAGCUUCUCCAUGAGAUAUUAAGAUGCUUAGAUGAUAGAAUCUGGAUGACUAAUCACCAUAAACCAUAAAUUGGGGGAUCCUUCUGAUUGUCACUUGUGUUCUGGUCAACUCAGUGCUUGACUAUUGAGAUGUACUCUACAUGUAAGUGCCCUUGAAGAUCACUCAGAAGCUUCAACUGGUCCAAAAUAAGCAGUAAGGGGCAUGCCUUGGUAUUCCCAUGUAACACCUUUGUGCGACACAGGUUGCAUUAGUUGCCAGUUUGCUUCUGGGUGUGAUUGAAGUGGCUGAUUGUUAGUUGUACAGUCAAUCUAAUCAGGCAGCAAUGUUUUCCUUGAGAUUCAAAUAGCUUCCACCCAACUGGUGUUUCAAAGUUCCCUGAAGACCUCACUCUUCACCCAAGCAAGGGCCAUUGAAACUCUUCUUAGAUUGUGGGAGUUAUUUUUUCUUUAUUCUCAUCCAAUUUUGUCAUUCCUUUUUGAUUUUGUUGUUUCCUUAUUUUUAGAUUUUUAACAAUUUGUAAACUACUCUGAGUUGCUGGAAAUUGGGCAGCACAUAAAUUUAAUAAAUAAAUAAAAUUAAAUAGAUCAGAACUAUAGACUAGAAUGGAAAGCUGGAAAAAUAUCCUGGAAAAGACAAUGGCAAGCCACUCUCAUACUGUUGAAAAAAAAAAACUUUAUGAAAAUGUUCAUGAACUCACCAAGGAUUGAACUCACCUCCGACAUACAACCUUUACCAGGUAAGCAUGUAGCACAAAAUAUUUUAUUUCAUUUAAGUAUGGUUAAAAUUAAGUUAGCGCUAUUGUUCUCCAGUCACAUACUUAAUAAUCUGUCAUCUCAAAAGUUAAAAUUUGGUACAACUUUUAGAGCACUGGGUAUUGCAGAGUCAGAAGCCAAGCUAUGUACCUGCAAUAUAAAAAUGGAUGAAGUUGUACUAAAAGGUAAAGUAUACUAGACUCAAGUUCAGCUCCUGGUGACAGAAUGGACACAAAGAUAUUGCUUAUUUGACAGCAAGAAAGGAGAGCAGGAGAGAAUGCUAUAAAAACAAGAGAGCUUGCCCUUAACUUCUUCCAGGGUAUUUUUUUAUUUCCCAGUCCAAGCUACAGCUGAGGUUUCCUAGUGAUCUCCCAUCUAAAUACUAACCAGGCUUGAUGCUGAAAGUUCUGCCCUCGCCCUUUUCCGAAGACUUGAGUGAACCCAUUUCCCCUUUGUUCUUAGUGCGGCCCUACCAUAACUGAGGGUGAAUAAUAAGUUAAGUAAUCACUUUCCCUGCUUUUCUUGUACAAGUACGUUCCUUUCUCAUCCUCUGUCAAGCCAAGGCGCUGCCAAGAGAAGCCCAAUAGGCGAACCUCUUCGCGCGGAAUCCCCUCUGAGAGCGAUUGCGCCAUCGCCAUGUAGUUGCGCACGCUUUUCGCUUCCCUCCCCCCUUUUUUUUCCUACGGGCAUCUUGCCCUCGGCGGCGCGAGCCAAUGGCAGGCGGGGAAGCCUUUCCUAUAUCUGAUGACGACAGCGAAGCACAGAAGAGCGUGCAACCAAACGCCGCAUCGGUCACGGCGACCCGAAAGCUGCCAGGGAGAAGCUGGCUGUUUUUUCUCCCUUCCUAGCCUUCUUCGGCACUUUGUGAGCGACGCCAAUCGCCGCCAUUUUGUGAGCGUGUCCAGCCUCUGCCCCCACCCCCAUCCAUUCCGCGCGCGCCAUUGGUCCCCUUUUUUUCCCGUCUUUCUCUCUCUUGUAGUGGUGAGCGGGCGGGCGCCAUGUUUGUAAGGAAGAUAUAAUCAGAGCAGCUCAUCUCUCCGGCCAACGUGUCCCGUCUUCCUCCCUUCCGCUCUGCCUGUUUCUUCCUGCUGCCUCCUUCCUCCGUAUGGUCUGUGUGUACCGAACUCCUCCUCAUAAGCUGCCUUUAGCUUCCAUCUCUUUUUUUCCGUGAGGCGCAGGGCAGCCUCCCCUCGAGCGGCCGUUAAAAAAAGUGCCCUUCUGUAUAUCUUAUGUUUGUGUUCCCCCCAAUUCAGUAAAUACGUGCGUGAAAUCUCGUCCGCUGCUGCACGGGGGGGACACCUCGCGUAGUUGAGCCCUGUAGACGCAGCACUGCCGCUCCCGUGUGUGUGUGUGUAUUUGUGUGUGCGCACGAGUGCGCGCCGCCUCCACCUCCUCUCCCUGCGCCCUACGACUGGCAGCAGCGUCCUGCCUUCCUCCCCCUUCCUCCUCCUCCUCCCUGCACACAGGCACAACCAGCACAAUGGCCUUUGAAAGCCUAUUCUCCAAUCCCCCAAACCCAGUUCUUGACCAAAACAUGCCCGACUCUGACAGGCAACAUGCAGGGGACGAAAGCAGAGAAGAUGGUGAACUUGAAGAUGGUGAAAUAGAUGAUGCUGGACUUGAAGAAGAUAAGGAAGAAGAAGGCACAAAAGUUGAAGAUAAACCUAAAAAUGAAAAAUCUCAUAGAAAAUCACGAAAGAAGCGCAAAAAGGAAAAAGAGAAGAAAAAAUCAAAAAGGAGAAGACGAGAUAAACACAAGCAUAAUUCACCUUCUAGUGAUGAUAGUUCUGACUACAGCAUUGACUCUGAUGCUGAACGUACAGAAAGAUCUCAUAAGAAAGGAGCUGGAUUCUAUAGAGAUUAUGAGUCUUCAUUCCUUCAGCAUGGGCAUAUUUCAGGAAAAUAUACCCCUUCGCAGAAGAUACAGCAUAAUAAAAAAACAAAAAGCAAAGAUUAUGAUAAUUACAGUGAUGAUUUUUGUUACAAUGAAGAUGAAAAAGAAGAUUUUGCUGACCAGUUAAAGCAAUAUAGACAAGCUAAAGAAACUAAUGAGUUAGAAGCUCCAAUUUCAAAAGAACCAGGGAAAAAGCAAGGGAUGAAAGGGAUUCACAAAGGUGCUACACAAAUGAGCAAUAGUUAUGGUAUUGGCCGAGGACGCAACAUGCAAAAGAAACUGAAACGCAAAGAUCGUGGAAGAGGAAGAGGGAUAAAUAAAGGAUCUGAGGAAGAAAUGAAGCCAAUAAAGAAAUGGCCAACUAUGAGUCAGGCAUUCAUAAACCAGCAUACGGUGGAACACAAGGGAAAACAAAUUUGUAAAUAUUUCUUAGAAGCCCGUUGUAUUAAGGGAGAUCAGUGUAAAUUUGAUCAUGACGCAGAAAUAGAAAAGAAAAAAGAAAUCUGUAAAUUUUACAUUCAGGGUUAUUGUUCCAAAGGGGAAAACUGCAUUUACAUGCAUAAUGAAUUUCCUUGCAAGUUCUAUCACACAGGAGCAAAAUGCUACCACGGUGACAAAUGUAAGUUUUCUCAUGAUCCUCUAACUAAAGAGACAAAAGAACUGCUUGAUAAGGUACUGAAUACUGAAGAUGAGCCUCAGAAUGAUGAUGAAAAAGAAGUGGAAGAACUUAGGAAACGUGGCAUAAUUCCUCUUCCUAAGCCACCUCCAGGGGUUGGACUUUUGCCCACCCCACCGGAGCCAUAUUCAUUUAUAGAGGAAGAUGCAGAAAACUUUCAGGAUCCCUCUGGCGAGUUCAAGAAAAUUCCAUCCCUCUUUGAAAUUGUUGUGAAGCCUACUGUGGAUUUAGCACAUAAAAUUGGGAAAACUCCGCCAGCAUUCUAUAAUAGUACAUCGCCCCCUGGACCAGAGUUUGAAGGAAAUGAUCCUCACAUAUAUAACAGAGAAUCAAGCCCAGGACAUAAUGGACCAGCAGGGCAUCCAGGAUCUCCUGGUCAUCCUUGUAUGGGUUCAGUGGUGCCACAUAGUCCACCUUUGCAGCCAGUUCCUGCAGGAUACUUAGGACCACAAGGUCAAGCCAGUGGACCUAUGCAUGGAAAUCAGGGUGGUCCACCUUUAACACCACCUGGUGUGUCAUACAACUGUGCAGUGGGUCAAGAACAUAUGGCAAACAUGCCCAGAGACAAUCAUUGCCCACCUGGUCCACCAUACCAGCACAUUCCUAGUGAACGGCAGUCAAAUCCUGCAUAUGAAACUCUUCAGAAUCCAGCUAAUUUCUAUGACAACUACUAUUCACAUCAGGCUGUGCAUAAUUUCCAAACAACCAAUAAUGCUAAUGAUGCUACAUGGCAAGGAGACUUUACAGAACCCCAGUCUUACAUAAAUUCUUCAGAUUCACAUAACAGUGGAAAUGAGUAUGAAUCAGAUUGCGCCACUACAGCAGGACACAAUUCGGCUAUGAAUGUACCUGAUUUUCUUCCUGCAAUGCAGAAAGCCCUUUUUGUAAGGCUUAGUCAAAAACAUCAAGAUGAUGGAGAACAGAUGAGCAAUCAGUGUCAAAGAUCACUGAGUAGAGAAGAAGAUGAUAAUGUAAAUUGGUACUCUAGUAGUGAAGAAGAAGAAGGAAGCAGUGUUAAAUCCAUACUGAAGACCUUAAAAAAACAAAGUGAAACAUUUCGAAAUCAGCAUUCAGCAGAUCAGCAGCUGCGUGUUAUGCCAGUUGACCCGAGACUUGCUAAGGAACGUGGUUCAGGAAACCAGGCUGUUGAUCCAAGACUCAGAUCAGCUUCAAGAUCAAAUGCUAGGAAAUCAUCAGAAUCGGGAGUCUUGGAUCCAAGGCUUGCACGAGAUCCAAGAACCUUAAAGGGUAAUGAAAGCAGUCAUGGAAGCUCCUCUACGAGUGGAGCAAAACUGGAUGUGCAUUAUCCACACCCUGUUGUCAAGAUCACGCAAAAAGGAUUGGAUGAAGAUGAUGAAGAUGCUGAAAGAGAGUUAAGAGACAGAGCUUUUCUCAUACCAUUGGAACCUCUUCCUGGAGUAACAUUACGAGAUCCAAGAUCUCAGCUUAGACAGUUCAGCCAUAUUAAAAUGGACAUUGUUCUAAGCAAACCCAAUUUUGCUAAGCAUAUUGUAUGGGCUCCUGAAGAUUUACUCCCAGUACCUUUGCCAAAACCAGAUCCAGUAUCUUCAAUCAAUUUACCCCUUCCUCCACUUAUAGCUGACCAACGAUUUAAUCAAUUAAGGAAUAGCAAAAGUGAUUCUAUCCUAAGUACAGUUCCAUCUGAUCCACGACUAGCAGCAAAAGCAAAAAAUAACAUAAACUUAGCAAACAGGAGUGGAUCUUUGGAGCACUCUACAGAUUUGCAUCCUGGUAAUACGAACAAGUUAGGAGAUCCUCGCUUACAAAAAUCCACUGACCCCAGACUGCAUAGACUGUCCAGUACAGACUCCCAUCAUGGAACAGUGAAAGAUCUUUUGCCUUCAAAAACUGAUCCUAGGUUGGCCAGAUCCAGCACUUGUACAUCACAGUCCUCAGAAGCUUCAGUCUUCCAGUCUGACUCAGAUGCAUUGCCUCCAUAUGCGCCCAAGUUGUCAUCUGCAAGUUCCAAACUAGGCACCUCUAGUUCAAUAAUAAGUGGCAUUAGUUUGUACGAUCCAAGAAAUCAUACAUCAUUGGAUUCUUCUCCAGUUAAUUCAGGAGAGAAUGGAGAAAACCAGAAAAAGGGUAUUUUGAAAAACACUGGUCAGAAUGAAGUAGCCACCUCAGAAGAACAGUUGCCUCAAAAAGCAUCCCUGCACGUAGAAAAACAUGCGGAAGCAUUUGGAGAAACCAAUUCAGAGAAAGUAGGUAAUCUCAAUAAAUCUCAGGCUAAACACUCCAGUUCUGCUCCAGCGGUGCACAACCUUCCUAUCCAAGCUUUAUCAGGGUUAAUCAGACCACAAUAUAGUGAUCAGAGGCAAGUAAGGCAGCCUGGGCAGAUCACUCCAGCACUAGAAAAUGAUCCAAAUGGGGAAUCAGAUGACAAAUCGCUGAAAGAUGUUUUCAAGACUUUUGACCCAACUGCUUCACCUUUUUGUUAGCUAAUUGUUAAGAUUUUUUACCAUUGUGAAUAAUGCUGGUUUCUGCGGUUUUGUAACUGGUUUACCUCUAUGCUUUAUUUAUUUUUAAAUUAUAACCAGAAAUACUUUGGGGCUGCUAUUUUCAGAACUACAUGCAGUAAUACAGUAUACUAUAGUGUUUGCCAAUUUGGUAUUUUCUAUAUAAGUUUCCCAUUUCAGGGAUAUGAAUCAUUGAUCCGUUUAAAUAAAAGUAUAUAUCAUGUUAGAUCUGAGAGAAGCACUUUCAUUGUAAAUCAUCAUUAAGGGAUUCAAUUAAAGACUUGUAUAUGUGUAAUGUGUCUUUUCAAAAUCAACAUUUUAUGUUUGCCACUUUUGUAUGAUUGUACAGUUUCAAGCAAUAUAAUGUACAUUACUAUGAGAAACAUUAUUUAAGAUGACAAUUAUCUAAUCUUCUUAAGCCCAACUUGCUAAGCAUUUGACACAGGGCAACAUUUUUUACUCCUGAAACUGAUAUUCUUAGCCUAAAAGAUAUUGUAUUACAUACUGAGGAGCAGAAAAAACUUUUUAAAGUAUUUUAUUCUAUGCUGUAUAUAUAAAAAUGCAAAGGACAUAACUAAAACAUUAUUGUUAAAAUAGAAAACACCUAGGUCUAUAAAAUGUAUUUACUUUUUCAUGUAUACACUAUUCUCUAUUGUGUUAUGUCACAUUGUGGUGUUCAUGUAUUCAAUGUAUUUUUGUAUUCAGCUGCUUAAUUUGUAUUGCUUUUUUGUAUUGAUGUAAUGACAGUAACAUGUAUUCAUGUGUCUGGCAUUUUUAACAAAUUAAAAGAGUGAAAUCUCUGACUUUCCACAGA